AUGACGGACCUUCUAAUCCACUGUGUCAAUAAUGUAGUGCUUGAAGUCACACGCGAUGACGGAGAGAUCACCCGCAGCACGCUUCAGAAGGAUCUGGUGCUGCGCAAAGAAGUCGGCAACGCGCGCCUAGUGAGUGAUGACGCGGUGUUGUGGGUAGGCAACGGUGUGCUGUCUCACAAGGACUCGACGCUGGACUCGGCGCCCACUCGCACCGUGCGCGUGGAGAACAAUAAGCGACGCUUUGUGUUCACAGUGCCGCUGGACACGGCUGGCAGGCAGUUUUACGCAGAGCUAAAGGGCCAGGCUGACGGCAAAGCGGGUGUGGAGAUUCGCAAGAAAAAGCGCAAGAUCCGCAAACAGCUGAGCCAAGUGAUGGGUUUCACGCCCGUUAACACCCUAAAAAGCCCGCUGAAGAGCCCCUCUCCGUUGCUUAAGAGCCCCACCAAUAAGUCACCCAUGACCAUCAAGCGCAGUCCGCUGGCGGACAUUCGGAUGCCACAACAAACACCGCAAUUGACACUUCCACCACCGUUGCCGGUGACUACGAAGGGGUCGACUUUGUCUUUGACUUCUCCGUUGCGGUCGCCAUUCCGCUCGCCAUUUCGUAAGAAAGCGCGUCAUUCACAAAGUCCAUCACAUGGUCUAGGGGAUUCAAAGUCACCGUCAUUGCGAUCUCCAGCACGUGAAUGGCUUAGCCCAACUCGGUCACAAAAAAUGUUACGGAGUGGACCGACUCCGCCGGAUUUAAAACGACACAGCAGCCAUACGUCAGACCACCACCAGAGUACAGAGAAAGUAGAGGGAUAUGGUGGUAGUUCUGGUGAACAAAAUCGCCGGAAAGUGGUAACAGGCGCGACAAACAAACGAGUUCGCUCACUCCAGUUGAUCCUGGACGAUGAGUCGACUAUCGAGCAGCAUGAAGCGGAAGCGAAAAAGAAAAUUACCUCGCGCUUUUUCAAGAUGAGCUCACCCCAAAGUUCUCAUCAUGACAGGACUGCUUCAGCAUUGGACGUGUCAAUGGAGUCCGUUGCUACAGUUGAGACGGAUCAUACUGAUGGUACUAACGCAAGUACAGAUGACUCACUGGCAGAUGAACCCCUUAGGAGCACCCACGGAUUGUUAAACUUAGGAAACUACUGCUACAUGAAUGCUGUUGUGCAGGCGCUAGCAGCUCUUCCAGAGUUUGUGAAUGCUGUUCAAAAUGAGGAAAAUCUGCUGAAGAUCAUCCGGAGACAGCCUCAGCCGAGUGUUAAGGCCAAGACAAUGGAUCAACUUAAGACUAUUGUUGAAGACUGGCGGAAUAGCGGCGACACAAAACAUCUUCCGCUGCAGUACGCCUUAGGCCAAUUGCUGCAGCUUGUUAUUAACGGCAACGAGACAUCGAUCAACCCUGAACCUCUUAAAAAUGUGAUGGGAAAGAAAAACUCUAUUUUUGCAAGCCACUUCCAGCAAGACGCUCACGAAUUUUUGCUGAACCUCGUAACAGAGUAUGAAAAUGAGCUUGUGGGAAUGGUUCAUGAAGUGACGGAAAAGAUUCAGGAGGAGGCCAAGUCAUCCCCUCAAGUACAGAGAACCAGUCUUUUGGGCUUCUUUCGCAAUGGAAGUAAAGUCCAUGAAAACAAGGACGCGACGGAGAAUAAAUCGGCUGAAGCAGAAAUGGAACUCAUUUGUCGGCUGCCACCAGCGAAAUGCUUUCGAGCGGAAUUGAACCGUACAUUGACCUGCCGACAUUGUGGGUACAGCCGGAAGCAGGCGGAAACAUUCUAUGAUUUCUCUCUUGAUCUACCUUACUACCCUUUUCCAGAUCAGGAACCCACGGCAGAGCAGGAGCCUCAAGCGCCAACAUCGCCUGAACGACAGUGCUUCUGCAAUCUGACUCCUUCGUCAGCGGGAACAGGUGAUGACCGCUACUAUUGCUGCUCCAAAUCGUCCUGCAGUUAUCGGGAAAAGUUUGUAGAGAAUGAGGGAUCCGCCAAUUCUCCUACAAAAACCACGGACACAGUGAUGAAAUCGGUUUCAUCGCCAUUGACUCCUGCACCUGGCUGGCAAGCACGGCCAGCUCCGAUUGAAUUGGAGACGCUGCUUCGGAAGCAAUUCGACACGGAGGUGCUGGAGUUAACUUGCGAGAAGUGCAAGAGCGGGAAGGAAGCGGAAUCGGAGUACCGGGUCAAGUCGUUGCCGUCGAUUCUCGUGUUGCACUUGAAGCGCUUCGAGGUAAAUCCUCAUACUGGUGCUUUGUUCAAGCGAUGUGACCCCGUUAUACCCCCUUCCGUAAUUGAUCCGACUCGUUCGAUUAACAAUUCUGUUUCGUCGGGGUAUGAGUCACGAUACGUGCUGAAAAGUGUUAUUCACCAUCUUGGCAGUAGCAUUGAUGAGGGACACUACGUCGCUGACGUAUGCGAUGCCUACGGCCAGUGGAUUCGCCGAAAUGAUACGCAUGAGUCUAAGAUUUCGGAAGAUUAUGCAUUACAAUCGUACCGAAGCCAGGAGUCGUGCUAUAUGUUCUUUUACGUCAAAUCGGAGAGAAAUCGUACAGAUGAUAGCAAGGAAAAUGUACCUAUGAAUCGCGCAUCACCUCAAGACGAAAACGACGGAAAUUCGAGCCAGCAGCGACAAGGAACUUCCAGUAAAGACUUGAGAGCUUUUCUGUAG